AUGGGAGCUCCAGAAUAUACCGACGAGAAACAGCCAGAUCUCCUUGAGGUGAUUACAGGUGAACACGGCCUGUCUAGCGAAGAGGACUACGACUACGAAGAUCCAAAAAACUACUCCACCAACUUUGUUGACGAGCAUAAUCCCAAAGGGUUGAGAAGACCAACCGAGCACGAGCUGCAGACCUUGAGAAGAGUGAUUGGGAACAUCAGGUACAGCACAAUUAUCCUUUGUCUUUGUGAGUUUGCUGAGCGUGCCUCCUACUACUCCACGACUGGUAUUCUUACCAACUACAUCCAGAGACGAAUUGAUCCAAACUCCCCACACGGCUGGGGUGCGCCUCCACCGGGGAACCCCGAUGCUUCUGCUGGUGCGUUGGGUAAGGGGUUGCAGACUGCCUCUGCCUUGACCAAUCUUUUGACAUUCCUUGCAUACGUGGCUCCGUUGUUUGGUGGUUACAUGGGUGACUCGACUAUUGGCAGAUGGUAUGCCAUCCAGUGGGGUGUUUUUUUCGGUUUUGUGGGCCAUCUUUUUUUCAUCUUUGCCAGUAUCCCUGGGGCCAUUCUGAACGCCAACGCAGGUUUGGGUUUAUGUAUCAUUGCUAUCGUCACCUUGUCUGUUGGUACUGGUUUCAUUAAGCCUAAUUUGUUGCCGUUGUUGUUGGACCAAUACCCAGAAGAUACCGAUAUGGUCAAAGUUUUGCCUUCUGGGGAGAAAAUUAUCUUGGAUAGGGAACAAACUUUGUCAAGAUUGACAAACAUUUUUUACUUCGCUAUCAAUAUUGGUAGUAUACUUCAAAUUGCCACUAGUUAUUGUGAGAGAAGAGUUGGGUUCUGGUUGGCCUUUUUUGUGCCUAUGGUGUUGUACAUCAUUAUGCCGCUUUUCUUGUUUAUUGUGAAGCCAAAACUCAAGAUCAAACCACCGCAGAGCGACGUCAUGCCAAAAGUCGUCAAGAUCCUUUCUGUUCUUUUUUCCGGCAACUUUGUCAAGAGAUUGUGGAACGGCACCUUCUGGGACUAUGCCAGACCAUCCCACAUGAGGGCCAGGGGAAGAGAGUACUUCAACAGCAAGAAACAGACACCAAUCACAUGGAACGACCAGUGGGUCCUGGACAUCAAACAGACCAUCGACUCGUGCAAGAUCUUUGUCUACUACAUUGUGUUCAAUCUUGCUGACAGUGGUUUGGGCUCGGUCGAAACAUCCUUAUCCGGUGCUAUGAGAUUGGACGGUGUGCCAAACGAUCUUUUCAACAACUUCAACCCAAUCACCAUCAUCGUCAUCAUCCCAAUCUUGGAGUACGUUAUCUACCCGCUUUUCAACAGGUACGGAAUCAACUUCAAGCCAAUCUACAGAAUCUGCUUUGGGUUUGUUGUGUGCUCCUUCUCACAGAUUGCCGGUUACAUCUUGCAAAAACAAGUCUACGAACUGUCUCCAUGUGGCUACUAUGCUAGUGGCUGUGACGAACCGGCCCCAAUUACCGCCUGGAAAGCCACCUCUCUUUUCAUCUUGGCCGCUGCCGGUGAAUGUUGGGCUUACACCACUGCCUACGAGUUGGCCUACACCAGAUCCCCACCUGCAAUGAAGAGUUUGGUCUACGCAUUGUUCUUGCUUAUGUCUGCAUUCUCUGCCGCAUUGAGUCUUGCCAUCACCCCAGCCUUGAAGGACCCACACUUGCACUGGGUCUUCCUUGCUAUUGGUCUUGCUGGUUUUGCCUGUGCCAUUGUGAUGUUGGUGCAAUUCUGGAACUUGGACAAGUGGAUGGCCAAAGAGGAAGCAGAAAGAGAAAGACUGACUAGAGAAGAAGAAGAGGCCAAGGCUCUCCUCGAUGUUGACCAUCCAAUUGAAGCCAUCACAUCAAUCAAGUCUUAG